GCGAUCUCUGGAAAGUUCCGUUGGGGAAGAUGGCGGCGGCCUCGAGCACCCUUCCCUUCUUGCCGCCGGGGGCUUCAGCCUGAGCCUUCCCGGGUAUAGUGGGGACUGCUCGUGCCCUGCAUCCGGGAAGCUCGAACCAACUUGGUUUCCCCGUUAGUGGUGGGGAAAGGCUUAUCCUCUUGUGGAGGAUCGAGGCCCUCCCCACCGUCAGGAUGAAGGCUCAGGGGGAAACCGAGGAGUCGGAAAAGCUGAGUAAGAUGAGUUCUCUUUUGGAACGGCUCCAUGCAAAAUUUAACCAAAAUAGACCUUGGAGUGAAACCAUUAAGCUUGUGCGACAAGUCAUGGAGAAGAGGGUGGUGAUGAGUUCUGGAGGGCACCAACAUUUGGUCAGCUGUUUGGAGACAUUACAGAAAGCUCUCAAAGUAACAUCUUUACCAGCAAUGACUGAUCGUUUGGAGUCUAUAGCAAGACAGAAUGGACUGGGCUCUCAUCUCAGUGCCAGUGGCACUGAAUGUUACAUCACGUCAGAUAUGUUCUAUGUGGAAGUGCAGUUAGAUCCUGCAGGACAGCUUUGUGAUGUAAAAGUGGCUCACCAUGGGGAGAAUCCUGUGAGCUGUCCAGAGCUUGUGCAGCAGCUAAGGGAAAAAAAUUUUGAUGAAUUUUCUAAGCACCUUAAGGGUCUUGUUAAUCUUUAUAACCUUCCAGGGGACAACAAACUGAAGACUAAAAUGUACUUGGCUCUCCAAUCCCUAGAACAGGACCUAUCUAAAAUGGCAGUUAUGUAUUGGAAAGCAACCAAUGCAGGUCCGUUGGAUAAGAUUCUUCAUGGAAGUGUUGGCUAUCUCAGUCCAAGAAGUGGGGGUCAUUUAAUGAAUUUAAAGUACUAUGCCUCUCCUUCUGACCUGCUGGAUGAUAAAACUACAUCUCCCAUAAUUUUACAUGAGAAUAAUGUUCCUCGAUCUUUGGGCAUGAAUGCAUCCGUGACAAUCGAAGGAACAUCUGCUAUGUAUAAACUCCCAAUUGCUCCAUUAAUUAUGGGGUCACAUCCAGUUGACAACAAAUGGACCCCCUCCUUCUCCUCAAUCACCAGUGCCAACAGUGUUGAUCUUCCUGCCUGUUUCUUCUUGAAAUUUCCCCAGCCAAUUCCAGUAUCUAAAGCAUUUGUCCAGAAACUUCAGAACUGUACAGGAAUUCCAUUGUUUGAAACUCAACCAACUUAUGUACCCCUGUAUGAACUGAUCACUCAGUUUGAGCUGUCAAAGGACCCUGACCCCAUUCCUUUGAAUCACAACAUGCGAUUUUAUGCUGCUCUUCCAGGUCAACAGCACUGCUACUUCCUCAACAAGGAUGCUCCUCUGCCAGAUGGUAGAAGUCUCCAGGGAACCCUUGUUAGCAAAAUUACUUUUCAGCAUCCUGGUCGGGUUCCUCUUAUCCUAAAUCUCAUCAGACACCAAGUGGCCUAUAACACCCUAAUUGGAAGCUGUGUGAAAAGAACUAUUCUGAAAGAAGAUUCUCCUGGACUCCUCCAAUUUGAAGUAUGUCCCCUCUCAGAAUCCCGUUUCAGUGUAUCUUUUCAGCACCCUGUGAAUGACUCCCUGGUGUGUGUGGUAAUGGAUGUGCAGGACUCAACACAUGUGAGCUGUAAACUCUACAAAGGGCUUUCAGAUGCACUAAUCUGCACAGAUGACUUCAUUGCCAAAGUUGUUCAAAGAUGUAUGUCCAUCCCUGUGACGAUGAGGGCUAUUCGGAGGAAAGCUGAAACCAUUCAGGCCGACACCCCAGCACUGUCCCUCAUUGCAGAGACAGUUGAAGACAUGGUGAAAAAGAACCUGCCCCCGGCUAGCAGCCCAGGGUAUGGCAUGACCACAGGCAACAACCCAAUGAGUGGUACCACUACACCAACCAACACCUUUCCGGGGGGUCCCAUUACCACCUUGUUUAAUAUGAGCAUGAGCAUCAAAGAUCGGCAUGAGUCGGUGGGCCAUGGGGAGGACUUCAGCAAGGUGUCUCAGAACCCAAUUCUUACCAGUUUGUUGCAAAUCACAGGGAACGGGGGGUCUACCAUUGGCUCGAGUCCGACCCCUCCUCAUCACACGCCGCCACCUGUCUCUUCGAUGGCCGGCAACACCAAGAACCACCCGAUGCUCAUGAACCUUCUUAAAGAUAAUCCUGCCCAGGAUUUCUCAACCCUUUAUGGAAGCAGCCCUUUAGAAAGGCAGAACUCUUCUUCCGGCUCACCCCGGAUGGAAAUGUGUUCAGGAAGCAACAAGACAAAGAAGAAGAAGUCUUCAAGAUUGCCACCUGAAAAACCCAAGCACCAAACUGAAGAUGAUUUUCAGAGGGAGUUAUUUUCAAUGGAUGUUGAUUCACAGAACCCUAUCUUUGAUGUCAACAUGACAGCUGACACUCUGGACACACCACAUAUCACUCCAGCUCCAAGCCAGUGUAGCACUCCCCCAACAACUUAUCCACAACCAGUACCUCAUCCCCAACCCAGUAUUCAAAGGAUGGUCCGACUAUCCAGUUCAGACAGCAUUGGCCCAGAUGUAACUGAUAUUCUUUCAGACAUUGCAGAAGAAGCCUCUAAGCUUCCUAGCACUAGUGACGAUUGCCCACCCAUUGGCACCCCUGUUCGAGAUUCUUCAAGCUCUGGGCAUUCUCAGAGUGCCCUCUUUGAUCCAGAUGUUUUUCAGACCAAUAAUAAUGAAAAUCCAUACACGGAUCCAGCUGACCUUAUUGCAGAUGCUGCGGGAAGCCCCAGUAGUGACUCUCCUACCAACCACUUUUUUCCUGACGGAGUAGACUUCAAUCCAGAUUUGUUGAACAGCCAUAGCCAAAGUGGUUUUGGAGAAGAAUAUUUUGAUGAAAGCAGCCAAAGUGGAGAUAAUGAUGACUUCAAAGGGUUUGCAUCUCAGGCACUGAAUACUUUGGGCGUGCCAAUGCUUGGAACUGACAAUGGGGAGACUAAGUUUAAAAGCAAUAGCCAAGCUGACACCGUUGAUUUCAGUAUUAUAACAGUGGCUGGUAAGGCUUUGGGUCCUACAGAUCUUAUGGAGCAUCACAGUGGUAGCCAGAGUCCUUUACUGACCAGUGGUGACUUAGGGAAAGAAAAGACUCAAAAGAGACUAAAGGAAGGCAACGGCACCAGUAAUAGUAGUCUUUCAGGACCAGGAUUAGAUACCAAACCAGGGAAGCGUAGUCGUACCCCUUCUAAUGAUGGCAAAAGCAAAGAUAAGCCUCCAAAGCGGAAGAAGGCAGACACUGAGGGAAAGUCACCAUCUCACAGUUCUUCUAACCGACCUUUCACCCCCCCUACCAGUACAGGUGGAUCCAAAUCUCCAGGCAGUUCAGGAAGAUCUCAGACUCCCCCAGGUGUUGCCACACCACCCAUUCCCAAAAUCACAAUUCAGAUUCCUAAGGGAACUGUGAUGGUGGGUAAGCCCUCCUCUCACAGUCAGUAUACGAGCAGUGGCUCUGUGUCUUCCUCAGGCAGUAAAAGCCACCACAGUCAUUCUUCCUCCUCCUCUUCCUCAUCAUCUGCUUCCAACUCAGGCAAGAUGAAAAGCAGUAAAUCAGAAGGUUCAUCAAGUUCCAAGUUAAGUAGCAGUAUAUAUUCUAGUCAAGGGUCUUCUGGAUCUAGCCAGUCCAAAAAUUCAUCUCAGUCUGGGGGAAAGCCAGGUUCCUCUCCUAUCACCAAGCAUGGACUGAGCAGUGGCUCCAGCAGCACCAAGAUGAAACCUCAAGGAAAGCCAUCAUCGCUUAUGAAUCCUUCUUUAAGUAAACCAAACAUAUCCCCUUCUCACUCAAGACCACCUGGAGGCUCUGAAAAGCUUGCUUCUCCAAUGAAGCCAGUUCCUGGGACUCCCCCAUCUUCUAAAGCCAAGUCCCCUAUCAGUUCAGGUUCUGGUGGUUCUCAUUUGUCUGGAACUAGUUCAAGUGUUGGCAUGAAGUCAUCUUCAGGGUUAGGAUCAUCAGGCUCACUGUCUCAGAAAACUCCCCCAUCAUCUAAUUCUUGUACAGCAUCUUCAUCUUCUUUCUCAAGUGGCUCUUCCAUGUCAUCCUCACAGAAUCAGCAUGGGAGUUCCAAAGGGAAAUCUCCCAGCAGAAAUAAGAAGCCGUCCUUAACAGCAGUCAUAGAUAAAUUGAAGCAUGGGGUUGUAACCAGUGGUCCCGGGGGUGAAGAUCCAAUGGACGGUCAGAUGGGGGUGAGCACAAAUUCUUCUAGUCAUCCUAUGUCCUCCAAACAUAACUUGUCAGGAGGAGAGUUCCAGGGCAAGCGUGAGAAAAGUGAUAAAGACAAAUCAAAAGUUCCCACCUCAGGAGGCUCAAUGGAUUCAUCAAAGAAGACCUCAGAGUCAAAAAAUGUAGGGAGCACGGGUGUGGCAAAAAUUAUCAUCAGCAAGCAUGAUGGGGGAUCCCCCAGCAUUAAAGCCAAAGUGACUUUGCAGAAACCUGGGGAAAGUAGUGGAGAAGGGCUCAGGCCUCAGAUGGCCUCUUCCAAAAACUAUGGCUCUCCACUCAUCAGUGGUUCCACUCCAAAGCAUGAGCGUGGCUCUCCCAGCCACAGUAAGUCACCAGCAUAUACCCCCCAGAAUCUGGACAGUGAAAGUGAGUCAGGCUCCUCCAUUGCAGAAAAAUCUUACCAGAACAGUCCCAGCUCAGAUGAUGGCAUCCGACCACUUCCAGAAUACAGCACAGAGAAGCAUAAGAAGCACAAAAAGGAAAAGAAAAAAGUAAAAGACAAAGAUAGGGACAGGGACCGGGAAAAAGACCGAGACAAGAAAAAAUCUCACAGCAUCAAGCCAGAGAGUUGGUCUAAAUCACCUAUUUCUUCAGACCAGUCCUUGUCUAUGACAAGUAACACAAUCUUAUCUACAGACAGGCCCUCAAGGCUCAGCCCUGACUUUAUGAUUGGAGAGGAAGAUGAUGAUCUCAUGGAUGUGGCCCUGAUUGGCAAUUAGACAGACAAAAAAUAAUUUUAUAGUCAAAUCAAGGGGUGGAUCAAGCAGGUCUGAUUUUGUGUUUAAUAAUCUUAAAAUGGUAUGGUUUUGACACCAGGCUGGGUGAAAUUAGAAAGGCAUAGCCAGACCCUACUAAAGAGACCACAGGGUUUGUUUCUGAUUACCAAGAAUUGUUUCUUUGCCAGAAAAAUGUUAAAAUACUUGCU